AUGCUAACAACUACUCCUCACCUGCGGACACGCCGUCCCUCUCCAACAACUGUCGAAUACACCGUCUCGACCUCACCAACCCUCACCUUCCCACUCCGCCUCCUCAUCCUCCUCACAUUCAUCUUGCGCCUCGUCGUCGCGCUCGCCAUUCUACAGCUCCUAUACUCCCGAUAUCUACUCUCAUCUUACGCUGGCAAUGAACAACCGUAUACCACAGUUCCAGCUCUCCUGUCAAUAGACUACAUAUCCUACCAGCUCCACGCGCUCACCCAAACCCGCCUCGGCCACCUCUCCACACUCCUCGCGCGCCGCACCCCACUCAUCCUCCUCCUCCCUCUAUCCCUCACAAGUCUCUACAUCCUCUCUCUUCGCCUGCACACCACCGAAUCCCUCCUCGUGCUCCGCGGCCUCGGGAUCCAAACUUCUUCCUCUUCAAACACAUACUUGAGCAGCAGCACAACGCGAUUUAUACCUACAGAGAAGAUCCAGGAUAUACUUGUGAACGAGGCGUUUCGCGGGUUUGAAGUGAGGUAUUAUUUGGUGGUUGUGGUGGAGGGCGAGGAGGAGGUGGUGGUUGUUUUUCCGAGGUUGUUGCCCAGGAGGGAUAUUGUGGAGAGGGUUUGGAGGGGGUGUAGGGCUUGUUUGUUUGAGGGGAAGAAGGAGAGGGAGAGGGAGAGGGAGAGAGAAGUUAAUGGUGGUGGUGGUGGUGGAGUUGUUCCUGAGAUUAAGAGGAGGGAGACUUCGUGA